AUGUUUACAACUAACAACUCUUCCUCCAACAUGUCAUUGCCAAAUUUAGAGAUCUCUCAUGAGAUAUCCGUUUUAGACCAAGAUGUGCGGUUAGCUGCGAGUACACCUAAGAAGCGUGCUGGGAGGAAGAAGUUCAAGGAGACUCGCCACCCGGUGUAUAGAGGCGUGAGGAAGAGAAACUUAGAUAAAUGGGUGUGUGAAAUGAGAGAGCCUAACAAGAAAACUAAGAUUUGGCUUGGAACAUUUCCAACCGCUGAGAUGGCUGCCCGAGCACACGAUGUUGCAGCAAUGGCAUUGAGGGGCCGCUACGCCUGUCUCAAUUUUGCAGACUCAACGUGGCGGCUCCCUAAGCCGGCCAGUACUGAAGCAAAAGAUAUUCAAAAGGCGGCUGCAGAAGCCGCCGAGGCUUUCAGACCACUUUGUCAGUCAAUGAUGUUGACGAGACUUUAA